AUGGCGGCCGAGCAAAGAAAACUGCUCGAGCAGCUCAUGGGAGCUUCGGCAUCCACCCGCCACGCCCAACUCUCCAUGACCGACCCCAAAGUCUGCCGCUCCUACAUCGUCGGCACCUGUCCCCACGACCUCUUCACCAAUACCAAGCAAGACCUCGGCCCAUGUCCGAGGGUACACUCGGAGGGCCUCAAAGUCGAAUACGAGUCGUUGUCCGAGAAGGAGAGGCAGCGGUACGGCUUCGAAUACGACUACAUGCGCGACCUCCAGAAGUACAUUGACGAUUGCAAUCGCCGCAUUGAUGCCGCCCAGAGGCGAUUGGAGAAGACCCCGGACGAGAUUCGGCAAACGAAUGUUCUGCUCAAAAACAUCUCCGAGCUCAACACCAGCAUCAGCAACGGCCUCCUCGAAGUCGAGAUCCUCGGCGAAAUGGGCGAGGUCUCCCGCGCCAUCGACGAGUACUACCGCGUCCGCCAAGCCCAGCAGACGAAAGCCGAGCGCGAGAAGGAGCUCAAGGAGCUCUCCGACACCUCGGGUCCCUCGGGCCACCAGAAGCUCCAAGUGUGCGACGUCUGCGGCGCCUACCUGAGCAGGCUGGACAACGACAGGCGGUUGGCCGAUCACUUCUACGGGAAGAUGCACCUCGGCUAUGCCCAGAUGCGCAAGACCUUUGAAUCGUUCCCCAAGGACAUGCGCGGGAGGAUGCGGGCGCCGCCUAUCGAUGACGAUAAUGCCGGGUCGGGCGGACACCAUAGGGGGCCUCGCGGGGGUGGGGGUGGGUAUCGUGGACGAGGGGGCCGAGGCUACCGAGGCGGAUGGUAG